AUAUAAAAUAAAAUAAAAAUAUUAUAUGGAUACAUAAUUUAAAGCUAUAUUACCGCAUUCUAUUACUUUCAGCAAAUUUGUAUUUUUCUUUUACGAGUAUACAUCAGUCUUUAAUAAUAAUAUUAUUAUAUAGCUAAUACGUAUUUUUCCAAAUGUAUUCCUUACUUAAUAAAACAGAAAAUGCUCAUGAAGACAGCAUUUGGACCUGUGCAUGGGGUUGUUUGAAAAAGAAGAAGGAAGCACAACCAGAUAAUGAUGACUCACGUGAUUCUAUACAGUCCAAUGAAGAAGAGAUCCUAGAAUAUUUAGUUACUGGUUCAGUCGAUGAUACUGUUAAGGUUUGGGAACAAAAAGAUAAGACUUUACAGCUAAAACAUAAAUUAAGCGGUCAUUCACUUGGUGUGGUGUCUGUUGCUGUAAGUUCAGAUGGUACAAAAUGUGCAUCGAGUUCAUUAGACUCCAGCUUAAAAUUAUGGGAUUUGGAAACAGGAGAAAAAAUAUCAAGCAUCGAAGUAGGUCCUGUGGAUAUUUGGACAGUAGUAUUUUCCCCAGAUGACAAAUUUAUUGUAUCUGGUAGCCAUUCUGGUAAAAUACAUUUGUAUGGAACAGAAAGUGGCAAACAAGAACAAACUUUAGAUACAAGAGGUGGAAAAUUUACAUUAAGCGUUGCCUUUAGUCCUGAUGGUAAAUAUAUUGCCAGUGGUGCAAUCGAUGGAAUUAUCAACAUUUUUGACGUUACCUAUGGAAAAGUGUUACGUACAUUAGAAGGACACGCGAUGCCCAUCAGAUCUUUGUGCUUUUCUCCAGAUUCUCAGUUACUUCUCACCGCAUCAGAUGAUGGGCACAUGAAAUUGUAUGAUGUGAAAGAUGCUAAUUUAGCAGGAACUAUGUCAGGACAUGCCUCAUGGGUACUCAGCGUUGCUUUUGCUCCAAAUGGACAGAAGUUUGCAUCCAGCAGUUCGGAUCAUACAGUUAAAGUUUGGGAAAUGGCGCAGCGUCAAUGUUUACAUACAUUUAACGAACAUAAUGAUCAGGUAUGGGCUGUGAAAUACAAUCCGCAAAGAAACAAUAUCAUUGCAUCUGUAUCAGAGGAUAAAUCUAUCAAUCUGUAUGAAUGUCCAGUAUAUGAUAAAUAAAUUCUUUUUUAUAAGGAUAGACGAA